AUGGGGGAUGGAUCGAUCCGCCCAUCCCUACCAGCGAAGUCCGCGCCCAAGAAGGGUUCAAAGAAGGCAGUUACUAAGACUGCUGGCAAAGGUGGAAAGAAGCGCAAGAGAGCCAGGAAGGAGAGCUAUGCUAUCUACGUGUAUAAAGUGCUGAAGCAGGUUCAUCCUGACACCGGAAUCUCUUCCAAGGCGAUGGGAAUCAUGAACUCUUUCGUCAACGACAUCUUCGAGCGCAUCGCCGGUGAAUCGUCUCGUCUCGCUCACUACAACAAGCGCUCCACCAUCACAUCGAGAGAGAUCCAGACCGCCGUGCGUCUGCUGCUGCCCGGUGAACUGGCCAAACACGCUGUGUCUGAGGGCACAAAGGCUGUGACCAAAUACACCAGCUCAAAGUAAAGUCUCACCUUGUUUGAUCAGCUAACUCAAAGGCUCUUUUAAGAGCCACCCAUGUUGUCUUUAAA